CAUAAAACACUUACUUAGAAUCACAUUAAAUUAGGCUCUCUGAAUUAUAUGGUGGGAGGGAGUAGUAUAAAUCUUGCCCCUGCCUUUAUUUCUGAACCAACUUUCUUCUACCAUGAUAGUAAGCUAAGCAAAGCUCUGCAGUUUCUGGGGAAAGAGAAAAGUGAAAGUUUCUUAAUUGGAUGGGCAACCACAGAUUCAGAUUAUCCAACAUGAUACCCAAUGCCUGGUUUUACAAGAUCAGGGAUAUGACCAACAAAUCAUCCAGAACCCAUUCCUCUUCCCAUCAACCCACCAAGAAGACCACCCAAACCCGACCCGCUUGCUCUCCCAAACCUCCCAUUUCUCAGCCCAGACAAUCAUACUACUUUACCCGACAGCCCGCCGGUAGCACAAAACCUCCCGCCGAUUCCUGCUUUCUUGAUCCUCCGAGAACAUCGCCGCGGCUGAGGUCCCGGCGAAAGACCGUUUACAGGCCUUCUCCGAUGUCGGAGUCGAACUCCGAUGUCCCUGAAUUAUGGUCUCCGGCGACCACUCUCAGCUCCUCCGACAUAGUCUUCGACGUCAACGGGAGAUCCCAAAUGGAGGAGCUCAGCGUCUCCGAGCUGGACCUCCCGCCGAUCCUCACCAAACUCCCCGGAAAAUCAAGAAACUCCGGGGAGACGGAGGUCGGGUCGGUCUGCGUCAAGACCCGGACGGGAGUGAAGCUCCGGGGAAACUCCCCGAGGAUCGGAAACCCGAAAGUGCAGAGCCGGGGCCGGAAAAGCUCGUCUUCAUCGCCGGCAGGGGGGAAGCCGUCGAAGCAGAGCUUUUCCGGGAGCUUAGCGGUGGUGAAGGCGUCGUUUGAUCCGGAGAAGGAUUUCAGGGAAUCGAUGAUGGAGAUGAUUGUGGAGAACAAGAUAAAAUCUUCCAAGGAUUUGGAAGAGCUUCUUGCUUGUUAUCUUUCUUUGAAUUCCGGCGAGUAUCACGGCCACAUUAUUGAGGCGUUUCAACAUAUUUGGUCCGACAUAUAUUCUCAUUCCUCUAUCAAACUUUAGUACCACCAAGUAACACUCACUAUUGCCUUCAAUUCCAACAAAUCAAACACUUACUAAUUGUUUAAAUAAUGGUAGUUAUGGAUA